AUGUGGGAUGUCGAUUAUCGGUCUGGCCACGAGUAUUUCGAUCAGCUUGGCUUCAAUUCAUUUUCGAAGCCAAUCAAAGUCAACUGGAAAACCACCAAAACAUCUCCAGCAAUUGAGAAAGUUGCUAGCCCGAUUUUUUAUCUGCCAGCGAUUGCAAUUCGUAGCGACAAGACUGCCAUGGUGGUUCAGUGGAUGCGGUCGACAAGGUUUGGAUGGUUUUCUGGGUGUGAAGUUGGAUUGACGUUGACUGGAGUGGAUGAUCUAAUCCAUGCCAGCUGA